AUGAACAUACUAGAGAUCAAAGUUGUUGCUGGAUUUAUUAAUUACAAGGUUUGUGUUUUUUCAUAUUUUAGAACUCUGGUCAAUAUAUAUUUGGUGUAUACCAUUGUAAUAAUAGUUACAUAAAAGUAAUGAUGUGAAGAAGACAUUGUAUAUCUUGGAUGACUUAAAGACAUGAUCUCUUAUCAUGUAAUUUUAUAUUUUUGGGAUUAUGUACUCCUUUUGUCAAAGAUGCAAGGUAAAUUCUUCAUCAGAUACCUUAAUUGUGCCGUUAAAUCAAAAGAUCUCUGUCUGUAAUUCUAAGUCUGAGGUGUACAGUCAAGUCACUCUUAAGUGGGCACUUUAGGGAGAUGGCUAUUUAAUAAGUUUAUUUUAGAAAAAUAUAAUCAGAAAGUUAUGAGUGAACUAUGGUACAGUACUUACUGGUAAUUAGUUUACCCACUUAACCAUCCAAUUUCAUUUCAGAAUGAAACUACAUUAUAGAAUGUGUCACAACGUUGAUGAAAUAUUCCUUAUUUCUCUCUGAUUUUAUAACAAACCUGUCGGUGACUGCUUAUGAGAAACACAGUACCAAAAAUGUGUCCAACAUUUUUUAAUAUGGUCACUUACAGGAGUGUUUUGGAAACAGUGACAAACAGAAACAAAAUGGUUAUUGGCAGAGUGGUCACAAAAAAAUCAAAUAUCUUUGAAAACUUUUGAUGCUAAAUUUAGAUUCAGUGGAAUUUAAAUGUCCUAUGGGACCAAUAUAUCUGGUGAUUUAUAUCCCUCCUACAACAUAUAUUACAGACUUUUGAGUUAUCCUGACAACCAAACAGUAUUAAUCAAUUUUUAUUAAUUGUCUCACAGAUUUGCCGUCUAAGUUUCCAAGCAUCAGCCCCAUUAGAUGCCAUAUCACAAUUCAGAAAGCAUGUGGAUUUGUUUAAGGAAAAGGUUGGCUGCCCUGACUUAGCCUUUGAACACUCAGCCUGGCUCUCCAAACAGUGAGUAUUUUUUCUGUUUAGCCUUCUCACUCUUAACUGGAAGGUCUGCAUUCAGUUGUUUUUUGGGCACUUACAUAUGUACAGCUAAAGUACCUCCCUCCACCCCAGAGUUGAAAUAAGUAUCGGCCAAUUAUGAAGGGAAUUUGAUAAAAAUGCUGGGGGGUGGGGGUAGGGGGUAAUCUACUAGACCUAUAUGUAGCAUCAAAUCCAGAGAGAGAACUUUUAGUCUCUUUAUGCUACAGAAACCAUGAUAACCUUUGAUGUGGUGAGUCCUCUUUGGUUUGUGUUCUAGAAGGUUUUUGCUUUCAAAGAAACCCAAGCUGUGACCAGGAUCUAACAACUCUUGUUUCUUAACAACAUUAGAUCAAGAACAGGUCAAGUUGAAGUGAAAUUUUUGACUGAACUUUUCAACGUAAUGGAACUGAAAUGAUGAAAACAGGAGACUUUUAAAUAAUUUGUUAGUCAGUUCAAUGAUGAAUAAUUGUCAAAGUUAAUACAACAUGCUGUAUGGUAAGGGAAUUAUAGAGGCUUAAUCAAUAACAAACCAUGUGAAAAAUUAAUACAGGUUCAGUUUAUUUGGAGAACUGUUUGAUGAAGCCAUCAGAAAUGGUUUAACCGCCUUACAGGUAACAAUGUAGAAGAUCUGUGUUGGCAUAUUGGUUUAAUGAAUGAAAUAUUUAUUUAUUAAAUCUACAAACAACAAUAGAUCUGUAAGAAGAGAAAGAAAUUCUUACUAAUUAUGUUACUAAGUAUUCUGAAUUGGUAUUUAGAAUAAAGAAAAAAUUGUCUCUCAUUAUGCUAUAUCUCUUAUGAUAAUUGUAUGCAAUAUAAAUGAAUAGAAUGGAGUGUUUUUCUGUUUUAAAGGUACUUUUUUGUCAUCUCUUAACAAUCAUGAUGAUUUUUUCUCCCCUAAUUAAAUUUUGGCUAUAAACAGAGAGAGGCACCUUAAUAAAUAGGAUUGAUGUAAAUGUGCCCAAACAAAUCUGGUCUAGUGACUGAUUAGAGUGUCCAAAUCAGUCAUACUCUCAGAUUCUGGUAAAGACUUAACUGUUACUUUAUCACAGACUCAACACCCAGGAUUUUACUAUCAACAAGCAGCAAACAAUGCCAUUGUCAGGAGACAGCUUUGCCAGGGCUUGUGUCAUGUAAGUAAAAUUAUUAUCAUGCCAGAGGAUUGCUGAGAACAAUCUGAAGGAACAGUGACAGACACAAACUCAAAGGAGCAAUAUUUUUCUUAAUGAAAGUGACCAUUUUUUUAUCAUUAGUUGAAACUUACCAAUAAAAAUUUGAAGACUAGAACUGUCUGACUUAGGUAAUUUUGAAGUACAAAUUAUUUCCAAAGAACUUUUCCUGGAGGGCCUUACCCAGAUAAAUAAGUAUGUAGCCCAAUUAUUGGGCUACAUACUUGUGCACAUGGGUGGACAUAGCUACAAUGGAGGUCAAAGCUUGUUCGGACAGUUAUCAAAAAGAUAUCCUAUAUCCAAACAUAUUACAAAAGGCCAUCUUUCGCCAAUUCAGCUGUGUACACAGAACUCCCCCCCUCUAACAAUGUUGGUAAAGCCUAAGUUUAGGCACUACAUCCUGGUAAUGUUUACAAAGCACACAAAAUUUGAAAUUGUUUGGGGGAGGGGCAGGGAAGGUUUUGAUAUAAGUAAUAUUGCCUUAGACUUUAAACCACCCUUGUAGUGUGGGAUAAUGUUGAAUGUAAACUAGUGGCAAGAAAGGGUCAUAGAUUCCCUUCAGAGUACACCUAACCAAAAACUAAUUAACUACCACUCAAAAGGGUCAUUUGUUUUCUGCAUGUAAUUAACUUUUAUUGUUCAUUGAGUCUGAUGAGUUACUUUUUAGUUAAUACAUUGGAAUCUGUUAUUAAUUCAUCUCUAGACUACCACUCCACUUACUAUGAAUCCCUUAGAAAAUGCUGGAAAUCUCGACUUCUAUGGUCAGAGACCUUGGAGACAAGGUUUUCAAGGUAACUGCAAAUAUAUAAUUUUUUUCCUCUGGCAGUGUUUUUUAGAGUAAGUACAAAAGGUGUUGAGACACUCAGUAAGUUUCCUUUGCUAAACCAUGUACUGGUUGAAAAGCUCAGUGUUAGAAUUUUGUUCCAUUAGAGGAGGGAAAACUUUUUGUGUAUUAAAAACACUCUGUCAGAAAAAAAAUUUUAAAACUUUUUUUUUUGAGCUUAUUUGAAACUUGAUCUGUUGAGAUGCAAUACUUUCCUUCAAUUUGUAGAACUGCUGGGUUCAUUUGACUUAAUAUAUUUGUAGGAACAGAACCACCAGAUGCAGGAAUAGAGAAGGCUGGAAUUAUAGCCUUGCAGUCCCAAGAAAUCCAAGUGGACCAUUCUGUAAGUGCACUGUAUUGUUUGGCAGACUUUCAUUUCAAGAAAAUUAAGAUCAGAUAAAUGUCAGGGAGACGUCAUGGUGACAAAUUAAGUUUAAAUGCAAGGUUAAUAUGACUGUAAAUUUUUGUUUGUGCGCAAUUGCAUCAAUGAGCUUUCUAGCCAAACCAAAGCAGUUAUGGAUUUGAAAUCCCAAUUGCCAGUAUUACAUAAUACCUUGUUAGCAAAUACUCUUACCAUCAAUCUCUUUAUUUAUGCUUUACUUUUAUAUUUGGUUGAGGUACUUAGAAUACACAGUGGGUUAUCAUUCCCCUUUCAGUAGUAUAUUUGGUUGAGGUACUUAGAAUAUUGGCUCCUUUUUUUUUUCUCCCAGUGGGUUAUCAUUCCCCUUCUCAGUAGUGCAGUGGCUCAGUUUAAAAAGUACAAAUCACCCAGGAUGAAGAGAUACCUGAGUAAGUUCUCUCUUUUUUUACUUUAAACCCUAAGAGUGACCAGCAUCAAAUUUCUCCCUAAAAUAUCAGCCCUGAAUCACAUGUUAAGGUCAUGAGAAUAAAGGAAAUGAUCACCAACCAAAGAGGCUUUUGAUUGGUGAACAAAAUCUCCUUGUCAGCACCUUAGGAAAUGUAUAAAGAACAGUAUGGAGAAUAUAUAGACUGAUUUUAGAGUGUAAAGGGUUAAGAACUUAAGCAAGAUGCAACUAAAAGCUUUUGUUUCUUCAUGACAAUGUACAUGUAGUGCUUUUUAAAAGUUUUUUUUUUAUUAAAUUUACGAAGCAGAGUGAUAUAGUGUACAUAGUCGAGGUCUAUUGGCUUUUCUUAUCUAAUUAUCAAUAUGACAAUAAUAUGCAAUAAGAAUACUUGAUAAAACAUAAGGAUACAACUGUACGUUGAAUAGUAGUUACAAUGAUGAUUAAUAUUGCAUAUGGAUAACUGGGCAAGCUAAUCAUUUUCUACUGUAUGCUCUGAAGUUCUUUCAUGGUCACGUUAACAGCAAGUCUUUUUUGUUAAUUCUGCAGUGGUUCAGAUGGGUGAGGAGUAUUACCAUGCUAGAGAUUACAGUAAAGCUUUAUUGUGAGUGUAGCAUAAGAGAAUGUUUCAGUUUAGAGUCAGUAGUGAUCAAGUAUUGUACCACAGGCAGGCCAGGCCGUUUGAAGCGUCUUCCUACGAAAUUACUUUCGGCCGGAGGCCGUUACGUGAAAGUAAUUUCGUGAAAAGACGCUAACAUACCACAAAAUGAGUUGAUUAAUAUUUCAUUUAACUUUAUUGAGGAAUUCAGACCAAAAUGUAAUUUAGAUAUGCAUUUUUCAGGGCUUUAUUCAUAACCCUCGUAGAUUUCUUCUUUAAGGUUGUUGGGAAAAGUCACCUGGGAUUACCGCAGAGAAAAAUGGUGGUCACUUCUUACGUCAGUUUUAAUCACAUCACUGAGGUACUGUUGUUUUGUAGUAAGUGAGACAAGAUUUGUACUCUCCAGCUCUUGUUUCUGAGAACUCAACAUGUAAACAUUUUCAGUUGAAAUAAUCUGAAUUUACUUGGUUUUGCAUUACCUUGCUUUGUAAUUGGUCUUGAAAACACGCGCCACCCUCUCAACCAAUCAGGUGUAAAAUUGAAACCAAUGGCGCAUUGGUAACGCGCGUUUUCCCGCGCUUCAGGCAGCUUACUUGUUUCCUCUGUAAGUUAUCACUUGUGAUAUUUAUCUUCACUGUGAUUGGUUGUUGGGUUUACCUUGGUUGUGGUUGGCAACACGUUAUUGAAAAGCCCUCAAGCGUGAGAAUCAGGGAUACUACGUCGAGGUUGGUGGAAGUUUGGCUCAUUUACGACACGGACACAGCCAACUCGGACAGACGGAAUAAUUCCACGUCUGUUCAGUUGGACUGCUACAAUGCCAAAAAUCUAAGUUUGUCUUCUUGUUUAACGUCAAAUUAUUGCCAUUACGUUCAAAACAGUUUUUCUCAACUUCAAGUUUUAGAUUUAUUUAUUCGUAUAUCCUUAGUCUUCUUAACUCUUGUUGCAGGUGUGCGUACUUGGUUGGCAAUGUGGAGGAAUAUAUCACCCUUUCGCUUGAAUUGACGGGAAGAUGUAUCCUUGAAAAUGCUGCCUAUCAUUUGAAUAACUGAACGUAGUAUUUUUUUCUGGGUGAAGUGAUUCUUUCGGGUAGAGUUAUUUUCAAUGCAAAGUGAUCUGGGAUUGCAUUGGUGUAACUUAGCUUCGUUAUGUUAUUGGUCAAGAAAACUCGCGCCAUUUUCUCAACCAAUCAGAUGCAAAACUAAAACCAACCACGACUUGGUCUUCCGCGUUUUCCCGCGCUUCAGGCAGGGUGCCUGUUUUUGCUUUGAGUUCCUAUUGGUUCUUCAUGCUAGUCACUCUUAUGGGUUAAAGGGUUAAAUUGGUUUCCAAGUCAGGUGGAGAGGCUGAAAAGUGCCUUCAAAACGCAAGGUAUUCUUGGGCAACCAACUAGUAAGGUUGCAAAAUUUGGGAAUUUUAGGAUAAUAUUGACAUUUGUAGUUGUAUAAAGCGGUACAGAUUUUGCCUAAGUCAAAUUCACUGCGGUGUAAUACGUUAGUAAAACAUCUUACCCAAUAUUUGUUAUUGUAUUAGUGGUAAAGUCCUUGAUUCAAGAAAACAUCAGAUGUUGAAAAUUCACCUGAAGAGAAAACAAGAUGUCAGACUAAUCUUAUUCACGUCAUGUCGGUAAGGACUUACUGCCAAUGGUCGUUUAAAGAGGAUUUAUGGAGGAACUUUUAUUGUAGAACGAGUUUACGCUGAUUCUUUCUGUUUUUGUCAUCUACGACCCUGACACUGGUGAUUUAGACAUGGAAAGCACGCGCGCGGCUGAACGCGAGUUAAAAACGCGGGAGAGUUUCCUUGCCCGCAUGGCUGGUCUUUCGCGCGUGGAUAACUCGCUUUUUGUCGAGCGCUACUAUUACAGGAUGAGCAUGUUACGAAAGACAACUGAAUUCUUAUCACUGUAUCAUGUUUCAUUUCUAAUUUUUCAUUGGAAUUACAAACAGAAUGAAUGUCCUGAGCCCGAGCCAGGCUGUGACUUUGAAGCAGUGGAAGAAGCUAAGGAGCUAUGGAAAACACUUAAAGUGACACCACAGGCACCCCAAGUAUUUACCAUACAGAUGGAACAAAUAGCACCAUUUGGUAAGAAAAUGUCAACUCUACUGUGUAUUUUUUUUUUCACAGUUUACAGAGGCGGAAACUGAAUUUAGCCGUAGAAACUCCUAAAUUCAAUUUCCAAAUACAGCAACCAAAAUCUUGUAGGGUAGAAAAAAAAUCUUCUUUAAUACCCUUUAAAACCAAGACUUGAUAAAGAGACUGGUAAAAUUUUUAAGUUCAAAAUAUUAAUGAAUGAAUGAAUUUAUUUUAUUUGUUUUAUGCAAAGUGUGAUAUUGUAAUAUUUCCUGUUGUUUUCAAUUUUGUUCUUCCUUCAGUGGAAUGCAAGGCAGUCUUUGAUUCAGUUUCAACAACAGCAGAUUCUACCAUCCUUCUUCAAAUCUACUUAAGGUUUGUAAUGUCUUCUUAGAGUCGCUCAAUCCAAAACAGCUUUCACCCUUAACUUUCAGAUCCCUUAAUUCUCUCAAGCAGAUUUUUCUUAUUAAUUCUCCAAAACCAAUGACGGUGUCUGUUUUUUCACAGACGACUUUUGAUGGUGAGUCAUUGUGACAUCUGAGAAUUUCGUUUUAUACGUGACAAACAGAUUCCAUGAUGCCGUGUGUCUGUUCAUUAACAGAUCACAGACGACGCUAAAAUGCUGGAAAGAACCAAAAGUGAUACAUUUUGACGUCAUCUGUAAUUUAUUAUUGAACAGACGACCUCAAAACUGGAAAGAACAAAAAGUGAUACAUUUGACGUCAUCUGUAAUUUAUUAUUAAACAUGUCGUUUCUUUCUUGAAUAUCCCUUAAUGGAUCAUUUUCUUAAUUCUCGUAAACUGUCUUCGUUAAAAAUUAUCAAAGUAUGGAGAAUGUAAGUUCUGAUUACUCAUGGGAAUGAUAUGGUUAAGAGGAAGCUUUUACGAGACCACAACCUUGGUUCAAAACUGUCAGCACUGAAGUUAUUUAGUUCUAUUAUGCAUGGUGACGAUUCGGUGAUUCAUUGAGAGCGCUUUUCGAUUGAGUGUUGUACAGCAACCUAAAAUAACCUCUACGGCAACUCAGGAUAAAGGAAAAUAUCACGAGAAGCUUACGAAAACUCAGCGUGCAAACAAACUGCCAUAAAGAGCGGGAAAAGGCGGGAGAUUGGUAGAGAUAGAGGCUCGACUUUUCAAGACCGAUCUUUGACCGUAACGAAGAAAAACUGAUGUAGUUCCGCAUUACCAUUGACAAUCAAUUGAAAGUUGUUCUAAAUAAAGGUCUAAACACUUGUUAUUGUUGUGUGUUGUUAUAUUUCAGGGUUUCUUGCCCAUUUCCCAUCCGAUUCUCGAAGAUUGCCGUUUUCUUUAGCAAUCAGGUAAGUUAAAAUAUUCCUACAUACGUAAGGCUAGUGUUACUUUGUUUCGCCAAAAUAUGAAAGCACAGUUUAGUCUCGAGCUUACAAUAGCAAGGUAAUUACCACAGCUAACCGGAACGAAGGUCGACCAUAAAAUCCACCGAGGAGAACUGACAUCAAACAACUGUUUACAAUAGUAAGUGUAGGAAACGCGGAUAAUAAAGGCAUGAUUGGUUUGGUUUUGCAUGAUGAUGUCUUAUUGUCUAUGAUCUUGAAGGCGUCAAAAGUAAAAAGUAAUCAUUUGUGGUCACUUCGGGUAUGAAUCGCAACAUUUCGACUGCAUACUGCCAGCCUUCUUCAGGCGAUGAGGUCGACCAAGUACGCGUCACUAAUAUGCUCUUGUGCUCAGCUAUGAUUGGAAUUUCACGGCUGUGAUUGUAUGCUUGGAACAGGCUAAUUUCGUGUCUGCCUGCCUGUAAUCAUGCCAUGACACUCUGGAUGCUAAUUUGGUUGCAUUUUCUACUGGCCUGACUCAAUUUUCUUUUAUCUUUUAUCUUAGUUUUAUAACCAACAGUGUGUUGUGGAGACUGGGUCCGCUCAAGGGGAGGGUGGAUUGUAUCUUCUUCCAGCAAAGACCAAAGUCAUACCAUUUCAACUAGUGCCCCAGCCUGAGGAUGUUGGAAAACUACUUCAGGUUAAAAAAAUACUGAAAUAAUAUGCCAUUCGAGUCUUUGUACUUAUCAAUAAUUUAUUCGUAUGAAAUGAUAAUUGUCGCAGUCUGCUGACGAGACUAGCAGCCUAAAGAGGAAAAGCUAAUGGUCUUUUACUAGAAACUAUCUUUAGAGUGUUGCUGUCAGUCCAAAGUAAGAUUGCCCCCCUCCCCCCGCUUCCCCGCACUUUAUCAUUCCUAGGUGUAGAGUAAAGAAUUUUUGCCCAAGAACAUUACUCAGUGAUCCCAACCAGGGCUCAAAUCCAGAUCUCUCGGUAGUGUCACCGGCAAAGUUUGACAGAAAACUUUUUUCCGGAGGAGACUGCUUUAAAAGAGACUUCAGAUUUAAGCUUUCUUCGUUGUGGUUCCUAGGUCACCUCCGUUGCUUUGGAGUUGGGGUCCCGUGAGUCUCGGUGUGCUGCACUGGUGUGGGGUGGCUGGGGAGGGGAGACUGGUAACCAAAACCUCCCUUUUGUGUCAUAUGGUUUAAAAUCCGCCAGCAAGGAGGAUCAGUUUGACUGGGAUGAGUUAAAGGUCAUCUCGAAAAUCAAGUAAGUCAUGCAUGUUUUCCAUUGAAUCUUAAGCUACGGAGUAGAGUUUAUAGUAACAAUUAUUAACAGACGCAGAGGUGAAUUAUUGUUUCAGUUUGUACCACACAAACUGAAUGACUAGUGAGCCAAAACAUUUUUAACGUAUCAACCUCCGAGUUAGCCAAUCAGUGCGCGUAAAGAACGGUAUCCACGUGAAUGGUAAUUGCUUACAGGUUUGAAUCACAUGGUAUUGAGAGUUCUUAGUAAUUAAUCAAAUGAAUAAUUACGACCCCAACAAGGUGGAAUUUAUUGCUGAUAUCAGUUCCCUUCGCGAACUCUUUACGCCAGAAUUGAACCGCGCAAGCCUAGAGUUAAUAUCACACUGAAGCACGAACCACCCGCCCUCGUAAACGAGCUGUAUGGACUUCAGCUGGUUGUUGAGAGUUUGGAAGAUACACCGCUGAAAGACGUCAGGUAUGCCUUUUCAGUGUGUUUUUAUUUAAGUGUUAAACAAGAACGUGAACCAGUUCCCUCCUCUCCUCCCGUCUAUUUUUGAUUUGAAAGUAAUGCUUUCGCAACAUGUCUUUGCCUUUCUCACAUUUUCGCGCUUUUUUCGGUUUCCAUGAACCUUACUCCUCUUUCAAGCGUUACAACAACAAUAUAUGCCUUUUUUUAGAGUAUGGCUUGGAUUUCAGGACGAGCAGGAAUCUCCCGAAAGAGGUGAGUGUUUUAAAACAACAACGUCUUCCCAAAUGUUAUAUUAUCAUAUGUCAAUAAAGAUAUUCAAUCCGAGAGAGCCUGGGUAUUUUCCUACGUCGGAAGAUUAGAGCGUUAAAGCGCUUUUUGCUUGAGCGUCGUAAACCAAAAGUUCAGGAAUCACAACAGCCAAUCAGAAGAAAGGAAAAUAACUUUAAGAGCCAAUUAGAGUUCAAGGUAAAACCGAAGUUUUACAUCUGAUUGGUGGAGAGAGUGGCGCUAGUUUUCUGGACCAAUCACACAGCGAAGUUAGGCAAACCCAAUGUAAUCUUGGUUUACUUGCAACACUUAGUUGAAAAUUGCUCCAAAUUGCUUUCAUAAUCUGACCGAUUAAUAUGUUUUCGUUCAAAAUGUCAAGUUUCUUUUAAUUGUAUUCCCAGGCGCUUUGAUAUACUCAGAAGUACCCGCAGCAGAUCAGGCUGAGAGAGAUGCAACGAACUUUUUGGAAUUUACUGUGGAUGGAAAGACUGAUAAGGUAUGAGAGGUUGUAUAAAGGAUGAUACAUAGGCGUGCAUGGCUACGAAUUUUAUCUUCGACCCUUGCGUCUCUACCCAUAACCAAGAAGCUAUGCAUUUCAGAGUGAAAUUUGAUUUGCGACACGUGAGUUGCUUUAGAUUUGUGAACGGUAAACUUUGAUGGUGGUGGUGAAUUUAUUGGUUUCUUCACAUUGUGAACCUUAUGACACACUGUACUUUUAUCCUUUUAGACGUUUUGGUGUGUAGUAUGGCUGUGUAUUUUUACGACGUUGUCGUUUUUUGACAACCGAUUCAAAUUGAAAACCAACGAAUGAAAAUACUCAGCAAUGCCAUACACCAAAACUUCUGAUAGGUUAUUCGUUAUCCAACUGAUUUAUUUAUACGAAGAUGUCGUCCAUUCUUUUCUCCAAUGAAUCAACUCACGUAAGCAUAGCCAACCAUAGCCGACAUUGCUGAUCCUAACAGUAUGCAGGACGCGUUUCAUAUUUGAACUUCGUAAUGGGCCUUGUUCGUCAUGGACUCUGCGGCUCAGUGGUAGAGCAUCGGAGCGCGGAAUCCGAAGAUCUGAGGUUCGAUUCCUCAUGAGCAUUCAGAAGUUUUUCUUUGUCUCACGCUCAUGACAAGAAGAAAAGAUCUUUCUCAUUUUCUCUACCGAGCUUAAAAAUAAUUUCAUACCCUACAUCCUAUUUACAAGAUUUUUUUUUUCUGCCGCACAAAGUAACUAACUGUCGAAAUAACCGUACAAUAUUGCAGGAUAUUUGUACUCGAUGCGCCCAUUGAUUCUUUUUCAUACUCUACUUAGCGCUUUUGGAUACUUCGUUUGUCUAGUGUGCAGGAAAAUUAGGCUUUAACACCAAUGAACCGUCGUAGUUCACGUCUUGCAUAUUGUCAAUGUGUCCCUUUCGUCUUUUCUUCCUAGAUCGAGAGGUCGUACUUCGUCAAAUGCUCUCAAGUGGGAUCGCGGACUGUAACAGCAAAGGUAUAAUACCUAAGUAAGCUGUAAUUGCACCUUUAAUCACAAAUAUUUGGGCGUCUGUUUAGAGAACUCAAGUCAUAUUUUCGUGCUAUACGUAGCCUGCAGAAGAGGCGCAACAUUUUUGCGUAUUUAAAGCGAACGAGGAUAUGCAAGAGGGGAGGAGUGCGUCAUUUUUCUCCCGUCUCUCCCUCGUAUGUCACUUCCGCUUGCCUCCGUUCACCCUAUUGUGCAUGUUCUGUUGGCUAUGAGUUCCGUUCAAUACGUAGUUUAAAGAUCUCUAUACAAUACCUUUAGAUACGCAAUAUUUUUCUAUGUUCUUAAUCUCUAAGGAUCAAGUUUCAAGUUAAGAUAUCUUGCAUUCUUUAAAAAGAUUCAUAUUUUCUUGUUUUGUUUUUAUGCAGAUUACUUAUACAGUAGAUGUCCAAGUAGAACCAAAUUCGUCGCCAGUCACUUGUACUUGUGCCAAGGUGAGAUCACUCUUUUGUGUCUUAAAGAAAAGAUAAAGCUACCUCUCAGUAUUCUAAUCCACAGGACUAAACAAAUUUGCAAGCGCCGCGCAAAUUUCCACAUUUAAUUUUAAUCCUCGUUCGCUUUUUAAUGUUGUUGCACUUGUGAAUGUAAGUUGCACUUGUAACAUGGAGCGCUUUUCGAUUGACUGUCGUAAGACCAUAACCAAAGUAAUCACAACGGCCAAUCAGAAGACAGGAGAAUACCUUAAAGAGUCAAUGAGAACUGAAAGUAAAAACAACAAUACCCAAAGGGUGGGAAAACAUGGCUUUAUUAUUGCAUCUGAUUGGUUGAGAAAGUGGCGCGAGUUUUCUGGACCAAUCACAGAACACAAGUAAUCUCAGAUUUCUUUCGACACUCAAUUGAAAAAUCCUUCACAUGGUGAAUAUAAAAUCACGACGUCUUUUUGCUUUCUUCUUUCUCUACUGUCCUGAUUUAUACCCGCCCAAGGAGGAAAGUGUUGUUAUCAAGACUGUUAUGCCAUUUGAAAUCUCUUUGUCUCUGACAAAUCUCAAGGUAAGGGAAAGUAGGCAAUAUUUUUUACGAUGCAAUUUUACGUCUCUUGGAAUCGAUCAAACUUGCGCUUUUGGCUAUCUGUGCAAACGUGCCCUCGCUCUUGUCUAAAAUUUCUUUCUUACUCUGAAAGUUACGGCAUAAAUUAAUGCAUUUAUAAAUCCGUCAAAAUUUUUUUAUCGUGGCAUAACUCUGCGAAUAUAAACCUGGUCUGGACCAACACGCCUCUGAAUUAGGGUACUGUUGUUGGAAUUGUUGAUUAGCGUCAAGGCAACGCCGCAGUAAACGAUGGUUUAAAAAAUGAAUUUAUAAUUUCGCAAAUGGCUGAAUGUGUUUACCGUUUCUACACGUCAACCGUAGCAUAACGUAAGGAAGCCGUGUAGAAUUCCAUUGGGGUUUCCGUACACAGACCACGCAAAUUUGGUUGAUAUCACGUUGGAGUUUUGCCAAAGACGGCUAAUAAAUGUACAAAGAUUUGAUACGCACGUGCCGAUCUGCCAAUUUGAUCUUUUGUUUUGUAACGCCCUCAUUGUGGUCGUCAUGGUUUGCUUUGAGUCCAUAUUUACAGGGAACUAAAAUUAAUUGCAUUUUCGUUUUUUUAAUUCUUUUUUCUUUUGGGGAGGGGUGGGGGGGGUGUAAACCAAAGCAAUGUAAUGAGUUCAAAUCAUUGAUUUGCGUUUAUUCUCAGUUGGAGAGACUGGAUCAGCUGUUCGAAGAAGAACCAUUCCUCUUAUUAGCUGGCAUCAAAUGCACCUCACCUUGGCCUGUUACCAUGGUCACCACUACAUUGAAUAUGGUGAGGUUGUAAACAAUACAAUUUAUGUUCGCAAAAACUGGGUUUGUCUUCCUUAAGAAAAUAUAAUCGAGAAGAUAACAAGUCGAUGAAGCAGGAGAGCAUAUGCAGCCUUUCCUCUCCCCUUUCCCCCCCCCCCCACGCCCCCCCACGAGUCACGAUGGGAAUGUAAGCCAGUGCAUAGAUAUACUCUUUAACCUAAGUGCGUGAUUUCCCCCGCCGGAACUUUGCAAUUUAACUCACUGAAGAAAAAGCAGUCUGAGCAAUUCAAGCUUUAUCGGGGAUUGACGGGGAACCUAUAUCUUCUAGAGAAUAGUCGGGUGCUACUUUCAACUAUGGUAGAAAGAACAAGCAGACAUUCUGGACAACUGUUUGUUUGUUUGUUUGAUUUCAGUCUCCUGAAGUGAAUAUUGUGGGUGAAGAGAUGGGAUCGCAGCUGCAAGGGAGUAAGGAUUGCAUGUCUGUGUAUUACGAGAAUAACCGAUCUGAAUUAGUUAAGGAUGCGUCUACUUGCACUGCCGUCCCAAAAAAUCCGUGAGAUUGUCGUUGUUACAGCGUAUCGGGCUUCUUUUUAACUAAUCGCCAAACAUUUGGGGAAAAUAGACAAGGUUGACCGAUUUUUUGGACCAACUGAGGUAGGGGGAAAUCUGCAGGGGAAUACGAUGGGAAUUUUCCUGAGGGGCUUCAAGGCUUUCAAGGCCCCCUCCUCAUACUACACAAGGUUGAGCGAUUGUGUAGACCAAUGGAGAGAGAGGGGGGAAAUCUACGUGGGAAUACGAGGAGAAUUUUGUUGAGGCGUUUUCAAGGCCCCUCUUCUUUUAAAACAAUGACCAACGGAGGAAGGGGGUAAGAAUUUGCAUGGGAAUAGGAGGUGGAUUUUGUUGACGGGUUUUCAAGGCCCCACUUAGUGAAAACAUACAGCUUUGCGAUUUGUGCCCCUAUAUGCAAAUUGCGAGUUUCAAGAUUUCUCGUGAAAAUUUGGCAAUUAUUCCCGACUUGCUAGCUGUUAAAUCUUUACAGGAUACUUUGUCUCUUUCUCCUUCUAACGUCAUGUAUGGUGGUCCCAGUCUCUUUGCAACAGGGUGAAAGUGCGUCGGAAUGCUACUGCUUAGCUGUUAAAGAGGGUGUCAGUAAAAUGAAGGUCGUGAACAUUGGAAGUCUUGCCCUCCAGUGGAGACGGUAAGUCCGUGAUUACACUCGAGGGACUAAGAAAAGUGAGAUAAAUAUUGAGACAAUUUCCAAUGGAGUACCCAAUGUAAUACCGAACUGCAUUCAAAAUUUGGUCCGCCUUCCUUUGCUCUGUGAUUGGACAAGGAAAGUUGCGCAACUGUCUCUCUCAACCAAUCAUGAAAUGCAGAAACCAAUAGCGACUUGGCCCACCUGCGUUUUCCCGCGCUUCAGGCAGUUUGCUUGAUUUUUCUUCGUGUUCUCAUUUGUUCUGAUGUGCCGAUUUUAUUACUUUGGUUUUUGGUUUUUGCCAACACUCGGUAGACCCACUGAUGCCUUUUCAACUGAACCUUAUUUAGGAGAAUAUGUCCCAGUCCUUUCGUUGCUUGAUUUAAUCAUUUUACAUUUUUUUAAUUCUCCAGAACUUCUGCGGCUGAUAAGUUUCCAGUUGUGGUGACAGAGCUCACUUUCCCCUCUGUAACAGUAGAGAGUGUUCCUUUUGCGAUACAGGCAGGUACGUAUCCAGCAGUGUUAUUCAUACGGCAAUAUGCCAAGCGUCAAAAUCAAACUAUACACGAGAAGGUCUUUUCAUGCUUCUCGCUGUUGACCUGAUAAUAUCGUGCAGCUUUUGUAGAGGCAUCGUCGUCCAAAUGUGACUGGGAGAACAAAAUUGAGUGGUACACAAAAUUCAGUAAAAUUGCGGGCAAAUUAGCAUAAACACGAUGAAGUCGACAAGGUUGUGCGAAAGCACUCUUCCCGCGCUUUUUACAGGGUUUCAAAUUGUUCCUCUGGAGCGUCAUCCCUACGUCGAUACUUCAGCUGUAGAAAUCCUUUACGGUGGCCAAUUUACAUUAUCACUUCAGUUGAUGAAACCAAAUUAUCUUUAAAGAUAUGUAUUUGUUAAUGAAUAGAAAAGGAGAGACGGUAAAUUUAAGCUCCGUAAUAAAGUAAAGAAAGAUAUUUUUUCCUUCGUGUCACAAGCGUGGGACAAAGAAAAAGUAGAGCUUGCCAUUCGAGAGCGGAAUUCGAAGUUCUGGGGCUCUAAUCCUCAUGGGGACACGCCCUCGUUACAAGACCAAAGGAAAAAAAUGUAUUUAUUGUACCGUUUUUUUUUUUUUUUUCAGAUUUGCCUGCAUACGGCUGUGUACAGACUCCACUUUUCGUAAGCUAUCUCGUCCGCAAUAGAACGCUUCAAGUCCAGGAAGUCGAAGUCACCGUAGAGCCAAGUGACGCCUUUAUGUAUUCAGGUCAUAAACAGGUUAGUUCAGCUUACUUGCUAAACGUAAAACAUGUCUCAUGCGAGGGGGUUUGGUGAAAUAAUAUACUUGAAGAAGUAUAUUAUUGGCUACUGCGCUGUGAUUGGCUACUCAAACUCCCAAUAUCCUUUGCCAUUUAUCUACGAGAAACGUGGGCGGAAUUUGCCAGAAGCCAACGCAACUUUGUGAAUAGUUUUUAACGAUGAAUUUCUUUUCCAGAUUCAAUUUCGUCUGCUGCCAACUGGCGAUCACAGGCUCAAGUUCAGUUUGUACCCUCUUUACGCCGGGUUUUUGACUCUUCCCAAGCUGCAUUUCAAACUGCCUCGCUUUCAGGUUAGCUGGGAUGAACAUGCGCAGAAAUUGGUUCCGACCAAUGUUUUUAUAAAGGUAAGAAACUUUUUUUAUGUC